UGUUCGGCGCCGGUGCGGCGGGUCCAACCAUCCAGCAUUCAAACUGCGACACUGGAUUAAUGUGGACUGUCCCAUAGAAAUGUAUGGGAUCAGUUCUAGCAUCAGUUUCCCUUCGACGCUGUAGAAAAUGCCGGAUGUCGGACAUAUAUGAAGGAGGCCCCUGCUUCUAUGUUUAAAAAAGGUGAACCGGUCUAACCCCGCCACCCUGAUUCCUUUUCCUACAUUAUAGUAAAGUAGCUAUUGAGUAUCCGCUGACUCAUUGGACUGACUUAUUGUUUGCCUAAUACUCUGGUCGAACAUCAGUAUUCCCACAGAUUUACCGUAACUGUCCUAAGAGCCACAAAUGUUACCAAAGGAACCUUCGGUGAUAUGCUUGACACACCUGACCCUUACGUGGAGCUUUAUAUAGCAUUAGCCCCAGAUGGCAGAAAGAGAACAAAACAUAUAAACAAUGAUAUUAAUCCAGUAUGGAACGAGUCUUUUGAAUUUAUUUUGGAUCCCAACCAGGAUAAUAUUUUGGAGGUGAACCUAAUGGAUGCCAAUUAUGUGAUGGAUGAAACUUUGGGCACAACAACAUUCAAGAUCACAUCACUGAAGCCCGGAGAGAAAAAAGAGGUCCCUUUUACUUUUAAUAAGGUUACAGAGGUUUUCCUGGGAUUCUCGCUAGAAGAAUGUUCGUCCAGUGACCUGAGGUUCAGCAUGGCUCUGUGCGAUCAAGAAAAACUCUAUCGGCAGAAACGAAAACAUACAGUUAUCGAUGGAAUAAAGAAGCUAUUGGGACCUGAACAGAGCAAAGAUUUGUAUUCCACUUCCAGAGAUGCACCGGUCAUUGCAGUCCUUGGCUCCGGAGGUGGUUUUCGUGCCAUGGUUGGCUUUUCUGGGGUGAUGAAGGCUUUGUUUGAAUCGGGAGUUCUGGACUGUAUCACAUAUAUUGCCGGUUUAUCUGGAUCUACAUGGUAUAUGUCCACACUUUACUCUCACCCUGAAUUCCCAAAGAAAGGUCCAAAAGAAAUCAACCAAGAGGUGAUGCACAAUGUCAGCUACAGCCCCCUUCUUUUACUGACCCCCCAGAAAAUCAAGCGCUAUAUUGAAGCUUUAUGGAAGAAGAAGAGCGCCGGACAGCCGGUUACAUUCACUGACAUCUUUUCUAUGCUCAUUGGAGAAACACUCAUCCAACAUAGAAUGAACAGCAAGUUAAGUCACAUGCAGGAAAAAAUAAGCGAUGGUCAAUGCCCAUUACCAUUAUUUACAUGUCUUCACGUCAAGCCGGAUGUGUCGGAGCUUAUGUUUGCCGAUUGGGUAGAAUUUUCCCCUUAUGAGAUAGGAAUGGCUAAGUACGGCACCUUCAUGGUUCCAGAGCUUUUUGGAAGCAAGUUUUAUAUGGGUACUGUGAUAAAGAAAUAUGAGGAAUACCCAUUGCACUUUUUAAUGGGUGUCUGGGGCAGUGCUUUUUCAAUAUUGUUCAACAGAGUUCUUGGUGUUUCCAACCAUAGCCAAGGUGCCACCAUGGAAGAAGAACUAGAAAACCUUAAACCUAAACACAUAGUCGACAACAAUGACAGUGACGACGAACAGCAAGAGCCAAAAGGUAGUGAAAAUACCGAAGCUGAAGAGGAAUAUCAAAGGAACAGUCAGGCGAGCUGGGUGCAGCGCAUGUUGAUGGCCAUAGUCAGUGACAGUGCUCUGUUCAACACACGGGAAGGAAGAGCUGGCAAAGUGCACAACUUUAUGCUGGGCCUAAACCUGAAUACGUCCUAUCCUUUGUCACCUUUAGCACAUUUGGCUACUCAGGAAUCUGUGGAUGAGGACGAGACUGAUCUUGCCGUUGCAGAUCCUGAUGAGUUUGAUCAGAUAUAUGAACCACUAGAUGUGAAAAGCAAGAAAAUACACAUUGUGGACAGUGGUUUGACAUUCAAUAUUCCGUACCCCCUUAUCCUAAGGCCUCAACGAGGAGUUGAUCUUAUAAUAUCUUUUGAUUUUUCUGCAAGACCAAGUGAUUCAAGCCCUCCUUUCAAGGAUCUCCUCCUCGCUGAGAAGUGGGCGCGCAUGAAUAAGCUGCCGUUUCCAAAGAUAGAUCCGCACGUCUUCGACAGGGAAGGCUUGAAGGAAUGUUACGUGUUUCGACCUAAGAACCCGUCAGUAGAGAAAGACUGUCCCACCAUCAUUCAUUUUGUUUUGGCUAAUAUUAAAUUUAGAAAAUUCAAAGCUCCAGGUGUCCCCAGAGAAACUGCUGAAGAAAAGGACUUUGCAGACUUUGACAUUUUUGAUGAUCCCGAAAGUCCUUAUUCAACGUUCAAUUUCCAAUAUCCUAAUGAAGCUUUUAAAAGGCUGCACGAUCUCAUGGAGUUCAAUACGCUCAACAACAUAGAUGUGAUCAAGGAAGCCAUUAAAGAAAGCAUUGAGUACAGGAGGCAGCACCCGUCCCGGUGCUCGGUGUCCCUCAGCAAUGUCGAAGCUCGGAGAUACUUUAACAAGAGCAAAGACCUAAGCUGAGUCAUCCGACCUAGAACGGCAAUGGCACGACCGGUCCCCCUAGUUGUAUGUGGAUGAGACAAAAGAGUCACAUGUAACACAUAUGUAUAAACAUGGAAUGUUAUUUAUCAUCGUUAUUUUCAUCAUUCUUAUUCUUGUUUUUGUAUCGCAAAUAGACAAACCGUUAAUGGAUAUAAAAAAAAAAAAAAAGACAAAUCUCUUUUUUUUUU